AUGGCUAACUACGGCGCGUUGGAGAAAUUGGGGUUGGCUUUUUUAAUAGCUGUGGUUUUUUAUAUAGUUAAAAGUAUAGUUAAUCUUGUGUACACUUAUAUUAUCGGCCCUGUCGUGAAUAAAGUGGACUUCAAAUCGAAAGGAAAAUGGGCAUUGGUAACUGGGAGUACAGAUGGCAUCGGAAAGGAAUACGCAAGAGAGUUGGCUGCCCGCGGCUGUGAUAUUAUUCUAGUCAGUCGUUCUAUCGAUAAGUUAAAAGCCACAGCAUCUGAGAUCGAAAACGACUACAAAGUGAAUACCAAAAUAGUUCAAGCUGACUUCAGCGAGGAAGGAAUUUACGAGAGGAUCGCCAAAGAAGUGGCCGAUCACGAAAUAGGAACCCUAGUCAACAAUGUGGGAAUCUCCUACAGUUACCCGGAAUACUUCACUGAUAUACCGGACUGGGAAAACGCCAUAUCAUCUAUGAUCAAAGCCAACAUGGUAUCCGUGACACGAAUGACAGGCAUCGUUCUACCAGAUAUGGUGAAACGUGGCAAGGGCGUGGUCAUCAAUAUCGGUUCAGGCUCCUCCAUCAUUCCUAGUCCAUUGCUGACCGUAUAUGCUGCUUCCAAGGCAUACGUUGACAAAUUUUCCGAAGGUUUGGAUAUGGAGUACAGCAAGAAGGGAAUUAUUGUGCAGUGUGUUCUGCCUGGCUUCGUAUGCUCUAACAUGUCGGGUAUCCGCCGGGCAACGUUAAUGGCACCCACCGCUAAGACCUUCGUCAAAUCGGCCAUCGGUCUCGUUGGAACAACGUCAAAGACGGUCGGCUACUUCCCUCAUGCUGUCUUCGUAAAUGUCAUCAAUAGUAUCCACGGCACGUUCGGUCGCUUCGCCGUCUGGCUGGUGACAAGGUCUAUGGAGACUACCCGCAGGAAGGCGUUGAAAAAGUACAAAGUCAAGUAA